AUUUCCCUUUCACAGAUUUACUCAUAUAUCAAUAAAGUUUCACACUUUCUCAAAACCCUGCAGGAGAUGAAGAAGUUUACAGUAUCCAUAUUUCUUGUUCAUGCUUUCUUCCUACUUUCUUUACCAAUAAGCCGAUGCAGAAUAUUUCCAAUGGAUGAAAAAUUCAUUGAAAGCACCUGCAAACAGACACCCAACUAUGAUCUUUGUGUCUCUUCUCUCAAAUCAGAUCCAAAAAGCUCCACUGCAGAUGUUCCUGGCUUAGCCCUCAUAUUGGUUAAUAAAAUAAAAUCCCAGGCAACCAAAACUCUAAACCACAUCAAUAGCUUGCUUAAGAGAAGUCCAGGAGCCGGCAAAAGGCGGGCACUGGAUUCUUGUUAUAGCAAGUAUGAUGCCAUAUUGAAAGGUGAUGUUCCUGAAGCCAUUGAAGCUUUAACCAAAGGAGACUAUAAAUUUGCAGAAGAUGGUGCUAAUGAUGCAGCCAAUGAGGCUAAUAGUUGUGAACGAGGUUUCUCAUCAGGAAGUUCACCUCUGACUGCUAUGAACAAAUACAUCCACGAUGUGUCUGCUAUUGCUGCUGCCCUUGUUAGGACACUGCUUUAAUGGAUGAUGAUACUUAGUGUCUUUUCUUACAGGUUAUAGAUGUUUCCUUGAUUGAUAAUAUGCAUUGUACACUGUUUUAGUUUGUAGUAUAUUUUGAGAAGAAAUUAAUGGAAUAUAUCCCUGUAAAAUACAGAUA